CCUCACGAGACCGCGGCCUCACCAUCUCCGCAAUGGGCAACAACCUGCCGAGUGGCUUCCCACUGUUCCUUUCCCAGCAUGACGCUCAGCCCAGUCAAUAAUCCCACCCUCUCGAGCCUCGCGAGGUGAGCUUACAACUCGUCUAUCUGCAAAGGCACGCCCACAUAGCUCCUGCUCUUUUUCCUUCGCCAUCCCGCUCGUUUCGAGGGCCAUCAAGUCUUAUAACCACAUCUGAUUGCCAUCGUAUAUCCAUUUGUUGCCAUUCACUGUCCCUCUUCUGUCAUCCCUCGUUUUUGAUGAUUUGAGUUGAUAGUGGGCAUGACCUCCGCGGGCUUUCGAUCCGGCUGUUCAGCCCUGCUUCUAUUAUCGUCUGCCACUUUAUCGAUUGCCCAGUCUCUCGUUACUCCAGAGUCACCCUACACCAAUUGGACCUACACCGGAUGCUACACCGACUCCGUCGCAGCGCGCACCUUGAAAGGAGGCGGCUAUGGAAGCGGAUCGUUGACCAAUUCACAAUGUGUUGAAUAUUGCGCAACAAGAGGCUUCUAUUACGCCGGAAGUGAAUAUUCAACUGAAUGCUAUUGCGGCAAUUCUAUUCAGAAUGGGGCUACGCAGACCACAGGUUCCGAUUGUAACAUGGCCUGUGGCGGAAAUGCUACUGAAGCUUGUGGAGGGCCCAAUCGAUUGACAAUGUUCAACACUACGAUUCCCGCUGGGCCGGUUGGACCAUUUGUCAAUCCGGGUGUGAAUGGCUUUCGAAGUAUGGGGUGUUACACCGACAACGGCGGUGCGCGGACCCUGACGGUAGGCAUGGCCACUGCAGGGGGGCCAGGAUCCCUGACCGUUGCCCUCUGUACAUCAACCUGCGCCUCCGAAGGCUACAUGUAUGCUGGCGUCGAGUACGCACAGGAGUGUUGUCAGUUCCCCUACGUUCGUUGGAUAACUCCUUGCUUUUUCUUUGAACAUGGUUAUACUCGAGGUCAUCUUCUUAUUCAUCCUCCUAGACUGCGGCACCUCGCUCGCCAACGAUGGCGAACCAGCAGACGCUUCCGAUUGCAACAUGGUUUGCAACGGAAACUCGACUGAAUACUGCGGUGGUCCAUCUCGCCUCAAUGUCUACACGAAGCGAGAUGC